GCUGGGAAGGAGCGGCAGUUCCACACUGGGAAGGUGUGUGAUGCGGGUACGGCCUGGGUGCUCUUUAUACACAGCACCCCUUUCUGGAGUCAGACAGUAGAAGACAGUGGAAAACCUUGUGUCCUGUGAAGCUCUCCCAUGGCUUCAGAGGCAGCCUGCCGCCCUUCUGGGAGAAGACCCUGCAAGAUACAAGCCUUCCGAAUAUGGGAUAUUAACCAGAAGACCUUCUAUCUGAGGAACAACCAACUCAUUGCUGGGUACUUACAAGGACCAAAUACUAAAUUAGAAGAAAAAAUAGACAUGGUGCCUAUUGACCUCCAUAGUGUGUAUUUGGGGAUCCACGGGGGGAAGCUGUGCCUGUCUUGUGUCAAGUCUGGAGAUGCUAUGAAGCUCCAGCUGGAGGAAAUUAGCAUCACUGAUCUGAGCAGGAACAAGGAACAAGACAAACGUUUCACCUUCAUCCGCUCAGAGAAAGGCACCACCACCAGCUUUGAGUCGGCUGCCUGUCCAGGCUGGUUCCUCUGCACAGCACUAGAGGCUGACCGGCCUGUAAGCCUCACCAACACACCUGAAGAGCCCCUUACAGUCACGAAGUUCUACUUCCACGAAGACCAGUAGUACCACCUAGACCUGUCCUUCCCCACUCCCAGGCCAUCAACACUGCCACCAACUGCCUCCUCACUCUGGUCAUCAUUAUGGUCUGAAGAACAACUUUUGCAGAGUGUAAAGUAGAAGGAGGAAAAGAACCCUGAUGACGGAUCUCUGCCCUCAGUCUGUUGGCUAACCCAAUCCCCAUGGCACUUCCAGAGUGAUCUUUCAAAUUGGAUCAUGGCAGGCCCUUGUUCAAAACCUUUUCUUAUUGCCUCUGGAUGAAGUCUAGACCACUUGCUUGGCCUAGGUGCCUUCUGCUCCCCAAACUUUUUUUUUCAUCCAUUGUUCUACAUGUUCUCAGCCCAGACCAAUCAAAUCUCUUGGCUAUACCUCCCAAGUGGCUCCCUUGCCCUGCUUUAUAAACCUGUGCCAGACUAUGGAGAAGGUUUUUGUUCUACUCUCCUUGUUGUUCAUUUUGGUUUUAGUGCUUGAGGUGAAACCCAUCAAAGCAUCACAUGUGCUCUACCACCCAGCUAUGCUUCCAUCCCACAGAGAAACCUGUAAGGAUCUAGAAACCAGAAAUUAAGGAACUCAAAGUUAUUUUAUUAGGCCAGCCUUACUCUGUGUGGGGCAGAGGUCUUCCGAGAGGGGCUGAGAAUUAGAUGUUCCUGAAUUUGUGAAAUGAAUAAGCAUGGGAAAAUAGGUGAAAAUAAAAUUUCCUCUUUUCCUUCUUUAUAUGAUGCCCUAACUGAAAAAUUAAAAAUUGUUGGACUAUAUUAUCCCCAUAAUUCUUCCCCUCCCCCCCUUUUUUAUUUCAAUAGUCUUCAUCCCCCUGUCCAGCUGAAACACCAUCUGCACUCCAAACCUACCACCUCUGCCUGGAGAAGUUCCCCAAGUCACUGUGCAGAUGUGGCUCUCGGGUCCUUCGUACUGUGCGAAUGAACCCACUGAUUACUUCUUGGCCAUUUUAGCACUUCUAGCCUUGAGACUUGUGUUUCCUCUGCCAGAAUGUGAGGUCCAGAAAGCAGGGAGCAGCACACGUGGUGCUUGUGUGUGAGUGUGAGUGUGUGUGUGUGUGUGUGUGUGUGUGUGUGUGUGUGUGUGUGUUGGGUCUCUACAGGGAGGAGCACCUACUUUGGUUCUUGGCAGGUACUCAGUGAAUAUGUACGUGCUGGGUGGAAAGGUUCUUAUUCCUCCCUGUGACUUUAUCUCUAUUUUACAAUAAAACUCUGAAAAUGUC